AUUUUGGUUUUUUUUUUGUUUGAUUAACUUCAUAUAUCAAAAACAUUUUUCAAAUUUUUAAUGAAUAAUUUCAAAAAAUAAAAUUUCAAAAAAAAAUAUGAUAUUUAAAUUUGAGAGAAGGAACAAUUAACGAUGUCAAACGACACACUGAAUCUCUUAAGUGAUGACCUAAAUCUAACUACGGCAAUUAUGACGGAGACUAACGUGAGCCAAGUACCCCGGUUGUCCCCUAUGGAGAUGGUAGAUUUGUUGGAGUACGAAAUGAAGACUUACCUAAUCACGAUAUAUUGGGUGAUAGCUCCCAUAUUGAUCUUUUUAGGGUUGUUAGGCAAUAUUUUAACCUUACUCAUCAUAGAUCGUUUGAUCAAGAUGAGCAAGUCGGGUUCGGUCGCUGCUGCCCACGUGUUCAUAAAAUGGAUGGCCAUAUCCGACAUCAUUGAUUGUUUACUAUUCAUACCUUAUCCCAUUAUGUAUUACAUAGGCAGAUGGGAGCGUUUGCGAUACGUUUAUCGGCACUGGUACAUUUUUUACGUGUCACGAGUACAUUUCGUUUUCUUGAAUUCUUUUUACAAAAUCAGCGCGUUCCUUAUAGUGCUGAUAGCUCUGGAUAGAUUUAUAGCCAUAUGCUAUGCCCUGAAGUACAAGUCUAUCUGCAAGAUUGGAAGGGUGCACAUCGCCAUCGCGGUAUCCUACUUUCUCGGUAUAGCCAUGGCCGUCAAUGAGACCUUUAAAUAUUCUCCGGAUAUCAGGGACGAUAAAACCACAGGCAAAAGAAUAUGGUUCGUGACUAUAAACUCCACCGUUUCUAGGGUACUGUUGCUUUACAUUUAUUUGUGGCUCAAAGAAAUUUUGUCUUCGAUUCUACCCAUGAUAUUAUUGUGCUAUUUCAAUUACCGAAUAUCCCUAUCCUUCGCAAAUAUGAUGAAAAAGAAGAAAGUGAUAGCCAUAGAAAAGUCAGUAGGUUCGGCAAUAGGAACAGUAUCAUCUGGGGUGGAUAACUCUGCAGAAGGCAAAAAAGUUCAGACAGUUUCUACGGAAGAUAGGGAGUUAACUUCUCUCAUGAUAGGAAUAGUCAUAGUUUACUUCGCGGCUAAUAUACCCAUGUCUUUGCACUUUAUUUUAGCAAUCUUGAAGCCGUCAUUGUACUCCACCAAGCCCUUUAUGGGUUAUCUCCAUCUCACAAAUAUCUUGGCCAUGGUUCAUAGUAGCGCCAAUUUUUACAUAUAUUUGUAUUUUAACAAGAGUUUUAGGAGGAUACUUUUAGAUAUGUUUUCUUUUAACAAGCACCAUAAAUUGAAAUAGAAAUUAUAUAUAUAGAGCUAGAAAAACUUUUUUUUUCUCGCUAAAUGAAUCCCAUCCCACCCCCUAAAUUGCAUAGAUUUUAUUAUAAUACACUUUACUAUAUUAUUAAUCUUCUAUAUUGCACCUCAACCUUUUUUUUUAUGUCAGAAUUGUAGCAUUAUUUUAUUUUGAUCACUUCCUUUCCCGAUGUUUCAUAGUUAUAACACCCUAAUAUAACCACGUACUUUUGAUGUUAUUUUUUUCCCCCAAACUUGUUAUAGUUUUUUUUUAAAAUUUGC